AAUAAAAAUAUCUUCAAAUUGGCGAGAAGCAGAGAGAGAAAAAAGAGGUUUAAGCGAGGUUUCCAUCCUCUUCCUCAGUCCUCACACCAUCCCCGGCUUCUUUGUCUGUUUCCUUUUCUUCCUUCGUUCACUUCAGCGUCUUUUUUCUCCAACCCAAUGACUUCCGCGGCCUCCUUCUAUCCAAGUCCUCCUCAAGCUCAAAUCUCCAAUUCCACAUGGAGGAAGAACAAUCCCCCUAAAGCCAACCUUCACUUUCUCUUCAGCUCAACCUCUCACAGCCUCUUCAAACCUUCACUUUCUUCUUCUACUCCUUUCCCACUCACCCUUAAACUCCCUUCCGACCCAAUUCACUUCCACCCUCUGUCAGACUCAAUCCAAGACAAUCUCGUCGAAAACCUUGAGAAUUCCGUGAAUUUCCAGAUACCCAUUAACGAAAUUGGCCGCGUUAUGCCUCAGGAGUCCCCUUCUAGGAUCUUUAUCCAAGACCCACCAUGGAUUGCUUCUCUUUUCUUGAAGGGAAUAUAUAAAAGGACCCAACAAGAAUUGAAAUUGGAGUUCAAGGAGAUUGAGAGGAGAAAAUAUAACCUGCUGAGGAGAAGGCAGAUUAAAGCAGAGACUGAGGCGUGGGAGAGGACGGUGGAGGAGUACAAGGAGUUGGAAAAGGAAAUGCGCGAGAAAAAGUUAGCUCCCAACUUGCCACAUGUAAAGUUGCUGUUUUUGGGUUGGUUUGAGCCGUUAAGGGAGGCUAUAGAGAAGGAGCAGAGGGUUCAGCAGACGAAGAAGCAGAAGGCUGCAUUUGCGCCGCACAUUGAUUUGUUGCCUGCAGAGAAGAUGGCACUUAUAGUAAUGCAUAAGAUGAUGGGGUUGGUGAUGGUGGGCAAUCACGACGGCUGCGUUCAGGUUGUUCAGGCUGCUGUUCAGAUUGGUAUGGCUAUAGAGCAGGAGGUGAGAAUUCAUAGUUUCUUGGAGAAAACUAAAAAUUACCAGAGAAAGAAGACUUUGGCCGAAAAUGACGAGGGUCUGAGCAAGGAGAAGGAGAUGCUAAGGAAACGAAUCAAUGGCUUAGUUAGAAGGAAGAGACUGAGUGAGGUGCAAAAGCUAUUGAGAAAAGAAGAGUUUAAGCCUUGGGGUCGAGAUACACAAGCUAAGCUGGGAAGUCGACUGAUUGAAUUAUUAACUGAAACAGCUUAUAUACAACCUCCACUUGACCAGUCAGCAGACAGUCCACCUGAUGUUAGACCUGCAUUUAGGCAUAGAUUUAAACCUAUAAUGAAGAAUCCAGGGCUGAAGCUUGUGAAGAAUUAUGGAGUUAUAGAAUGUGAUCCCCUACUUCUUACAGGACUUGAUGGAACUGCUAAGCAUAUGUUGAUUCCUUAUGUGCCAAUGUUGGUACCUCCAAGAAAAUGGAAAGGAUAUGACAGGGGUGGGCACCUCUUCCUACCUUCUUAUGUCAUGCGUACACAUGGAUCUAGGAAGCAGCAAAAUGCAAUUCAUACAGUUCCUGGGAAGCAGAUGCAGAAAGUAUAUGAGGCCCUAGAUAUGCUUGGAAACACCAAGUGGAGGGUAAAUAGAAGAGUACUUAAUGUGGUGGAAAGCAUUUGGGCGAGAGGUGGCAACAUUGCGGGUCUAGUUGAUCGUGAAGAUGUUCCAUUACCAGAGAAACCAACUUCAGAGGACUUAACAGAAAUUCAGAAAUGGAGAUGGAGUCUGAGAAAAGCAAAGAAGUUAAACCAAGAGAGGCAUUCUCAAAGAUGCGACACUGAACUUAAACUCUCUGUGGCUCGAAAAAUGAAAGAUGAGGAAGGCUUUUAUUAUCCUCAUAAUCUUGAUUUCCGAGGGAGAGCAUAUCCCAUGCAUCCGCAUUUGAAUCAUUUGAGUUCUGAUCUCUGUCGAGGAAUCCUUGAAUUUGCUGAAGGACGCCCAUUAGGGAAAUCUGGGUUACACUGGCUGAAAAUACAUUUAGCAAACUUGUAUGCAGGAGGAGUUGAAAAGCUUUCUUACGAUGGCCGACUAGCAUUUGUAGAUAACCAUAUAAAUGAGAUAUUUGAUUCAGCAAACAACCCUGUUAAUGGAAAUCGUUGGUGGCUAACAGCUGAAGAUCCUUUUCAGUGCUUAGCUGCUUGUAUGAGUCUUUCAGAAGCUUUAAAUAGCUCAUCACCACUGACUGUCAUUUCUCACUUGCCAAUUCAUCAGGAUGGUUCAUGCAAUGGCUUGCAGCACUACGCAGCCUUGGGAAGAGACAGUCUGGAAGCAGCUGCAGUCAACUUAGUUGCUGGAGAUAAACCUGCUGAUGUCUACUCAGAAAUUGCUAGGAGGGUUCACGAUAUUAUGAUAAGAGACAGUAACAAGGACCCAGAUUCCAACCCAAAUGCUUUAUUAGCAAAGGUCUUAAUCAAUCAGGUUGAUAGGAAAUUGGUGAAACAGACAGUGAUGACUUCUGUAUAUGGUGUUACAUAUGUUGGUGCACGUGAACAGAUAAAAAGAAGAUUAGAGGAAAAGGGUGUCAUUACUGAUGAUAGAGUGCUGUUCUCUGCAUCCUGCUAUGCUGCUAAAGUGACAUUGGCUGCCCUUGGAGAGAUAUUCGAAGCUGCACGUGCAAUAAUGAGCUGGCUUGGUGAUUGUGCUAAGGUAAUUGCAUCAGAAAACCGACCCGUCCGGUGGAUCACUCCUCUGGGUCUUCCUGUUGUGCAACCCUACUGUAAAACUGAGAGGCAUCUUAUAAGAACAACUCUUCAGGUUUUGGCCUUGCAAAGAGAGGGUGAUUCGGUAUGUUUACUUGAUGUAGAUGUUAGAAGACAGAGAACUGCAUUUCCUCCAAAUUUUGUUCACUCACUUGACGGUUCACACAUGAUGAUGACUGCUCUUGCCUGUAGGGAUGCUGGCUUACGAUUUGCAGGAGUGCAUGACUCAUUCUGGACACAUGCAUGUGACGUGGACCAAAUGAAUCAGAUACUUCGAGAAAAAUUUGUGGAGCUGUAUAGCAUGCCAAUACUUGAGAACUUGUUGGAAGGUUUUGAGGCAUCAUACCCAGCAUUGAAGUUUCCUCCCCUUCCUGAGAGAGGUGACUUUGACUUGCAUGAGGUUCUCGAGUCUCCGUACUUCUUCAACUAAUCCUUAACAAUGGGACCAGAAUCUCUGUAGCUAGAUAUAUUGUCGUCCAUUUCUUACUCCCUAAAACAAUCGAGAUUACAAGUGAGGAAGAGUUCAUCUUGAUAAAUGGACUAGAAGUUGAAGUGGAAACAGACACCACGGAUUGACCUCGUGGAGGCUUGAAGGACUGAAAACUUGGAUACUCGUGGUUCUUCCCACAAAUUUGAUCCUGGUGGGGCUGUGAAGAUCAUCCACAGUAGUCUAUUAUAUGAUUCUAGACUGGAGGAUAACUACAAGCUCACUUUCUUAGACCAUGUACAGUAAAGGAACUUUCCCUUCAGAAAUUUGGAAUAGAAAGUUCUAAUGAAGAGUGCUUUUCUGGAUGCCAGAUAUUAGGGGCAGAUGCAAACUCCUUGAGGCGCGUUUGGGCUGUGGGAGAGCUAAUUUAAAAGACUACAACACAAAGACAAGAUGGGGUAAUUAUUUAUGUAUUUUUGUAUUCUGUUAACCCGAUGUCUUCGAAUGUUGUACAACAGAAAGAAGAGUAGAUCAUUACUGUGAUACGUGUAUAUAAGCUGAAACAAUAAUCUGUACUCAUAUCUUUGGGCAAAAUGGGUAAGAUGAAGGAGAUUUUUUCCUUCUUGCAUAUUACAUAAAGAAACCAAACAAAAUGAAACCAGAUAUGGAGAGUGAGAGCAUGGUACUGGUAUUUUUUUUUAUUAUGAUUGUUAUUAUUAUUAUUA